GACUGCUUUCCUCAGCAGCCUGCCCCUGCACAAUCCAACCCUUUAGCCCAGCAAAAUAAUCCCUCUCUGAACCAUGAGCACCAGGGAAACAGGGGCUACCACCAAGGGAUGAUCCACGGACCAGGGCAGCCUAAACUGGGACAAAUGUAUGACCAUGGCCCCUACACGGGCUACGAUCAACCUGGUGCAGCUGCCGCAGGACGAAUGAUGUCCCCGAACGGUCCAAGCCAGGGGCCACCUAACGUGAACACAGCAAUGAAUGGCUUGGCUUCCCACUACCAUAAUAACCCUGCUAACUCUGGCAGCAGCCACCAUGGGUACCCGGGUGAUGCUGCAGGAGGAAGUGGGGCUGCUGUCUGGGGCCAACAGCAGCCGCUGCCGAGCAGAUCAGCCUAUCAGCAGCCUCCUGCACAACCUGGGGCUGGCCCCAACCAGCUGGGGGGCUACCAGAUGUCUCAAGGCAACUAUGGUGGGAUGCAGGGCCCCCCCACACCAAAUGCAACUCGCAUGAACCAACACUACCCUUCACAGGGCAUGGCAAAUCCCCCACAAAGCAUGGCACAACCCACCGCUCAGGACCCAGCACACUACCUGGGACAUGUUGGAAUGGGGGGCGCCCAGAUGCGUCAUCCCCAGCCCCAGUCACAACCCCAGGGCUAUCCCAACAUGGGCCACACAUCCCGGUUCCCACACUCCCCCUCCCGACAGCCUUCACACCAGCACCAGCCGGGUAUGACAGGGUUUGGGGCCGGCCAGUACCCCGGCUAUCAGGCACAGUACGGAGCCAUGGGACCCGGGAUGGGUCAGGGUGCUAAUGUCAAUGCUAACACCAGCCAGGCCAUGGGACCAGGGCAGCUCGGCCAGAGGUUUACCCAGGGAUCAGUCCCAGCAGCUGGCCAACCAGGGCAGCGAUACCCCCCCGCACCAGCGCACCAACCCCAGCCCCAUCAGGCCCUCUCUGCCCAGAUGCAGCAGCAGGGGCAGCCUAUGCACCCCCAGAAUCUUCCCCAGGCCCAAAACCAGCCCCACCUUGCCCCCCCAGCUCAGGGAUCUUACUCCUCCCCUUCAUCCAUGUCCCCCAUGAGGGUUUUGGGGACCCCGACACCACCUCCCCAACAAGGCAGGCCCCCUACCGCAGGACUAGCCGUACCCCCAGAGGCUUCAGGCUACACAGCCCUGCAGCCUACACCCAACGCUUUGACCCAGAGAACUCCCCAAAUCCCUCUGUCUACUCCACACCCCCAACACCAGCAGCCCCACAACAUACCCCCCAAUGCUGGGCAAAUGUAUCCUGGCAUGGGGCCGCAGCGUGGUCCUCAAAUAGGGCCAAAUAUGCCUCAGCUCCAGCAAG